GUGAAAUUUGCAGGACCACCCGGACCCAAAGGACCUCCAGGACCACCAGGACCACCUGGGCCAGAAGGAAACCAAGGGCCACCAGGUCCACCGGGACCUUCUGGAGCAGGUGGAGAAAAAGGAAUCUGCCCCAAAUACUGCGCCCUCGAUGGUGGAGUCUUCUUCGAAGACGGAACAAUGCGACGUCGUUGA